AUGUGCAAUGCCAUUUGCAAUGGUAUCUCCGUCUUAAGUGGCAUCUACAUCCGCAAUGGUAUCUGCAUCUGCUAUGGCAUCAGCAAUGCUAUCUGCACCAUCAGUAGCCUCUGCAAUGAUAACUUCUGCAGCAACGGUGUCUGCAUAUCUACCUGCACCUGCAGUGGCUUCUCCAAGGGUAUCUGCAGUGGCAUCAGCAUCUCCACUGGGAUCUCCAUCUUCAAUCGUAUGUUCACCUGCAAUGCUAUCUGCAAUCGUAUUUGCACCCGCAAUGGCAUCUGCAGUGUUCACUUAAAACUUUUAUUACAGUGUGUAACAGAGCCCAGAGCAGGCUCUGAUGUGGCUGGUAUAAAAAGAAAGGCUGAGAAGAAAGGAGAUGAAUAUGUUAUUAAUGGCCAGAAGAUGUGGAAUCACAAACGGUGGUAUUUUUUGCUAGCUUGUACCAAUCCAGAUCCAAAAGCUCCUGCAAGCAAAGCCUUUACUGGAUUCAUUGUGGAAGCAAACAGCUCUGGAAUCCAAAUUGGAAGAAAGGAAAUGAAUAUGGGUCAGCGCUGCUCUGAUACCAGAGGUAUUGUCUUUGAAGAUGUAGAAUUUCCAAAAGAAAAUGUAUUGAUAGCUGAGGGAGCUGGCUUUAAAAUCACAAUGGGACUUUUUGAUAAGACCAGACCACCUGUAGCAGCUGGUGCUGUUGGGUUAGCAAAAAGAGCACUCAAUGAAGCUACUAAAUAUGCUUUGGAGAGGAAAACCUUCGGGAAACCAAUUGUUGAACACCAAGCGGUGUCUUUCAUGCUUGCUGAAAUUGCAAUGAAAGUGGAACUGGCUAGGAUGGCUUACCAAAGAGCUGCAUGGGAAGUCAAUGCUGGUCGCAGGAGUACCUACUACACUUCCAUUGCAAAUGCAUUCGUGGGUGACUUUGCAAACCAAGUAGCUACGGACGCAGUGCAGAUUUUUGGAGGAAAUGGAUUUAAUACUGAAUAUCCUGUAGAAAAACUCAUGAGAGAUGCUAAAAUCUACCAGGUCACCUCAGUGUACCUGGAAGGUCUCGACUGGUUUGUUCAAAUUUCAACCUGCGGCCUCUAG